CCUCUCCUCAUAGCGGCCACGAGCAGACGUUAUUGGCAUCGGCCAUCUGCCCAUCUGCCCAUCUUUCUCCCUGCCUAGGAUAGUUCCCUUGGAUGCAUGAUGCGUGCGCCGGGGCACCUGGCAGCUCAGGACGCACGACGGUUGUCUCCCUGGGUGGGUAGAGGCGAUGGAUCUGUGUCACGGGUCGCAUCUUGCAUGAACGACUGCGCAAGGACUGUGAACAUGCGAAGUCAAUGUCGACGUGGAGCGACCGGGUAGGAACGGCGGGGCAUGGACAUGAGCAUGGGAAUCUACACAGUAGCAUCGCCCAUUUCCCAUCUCCCCUCUCCUCCCUCCAAAUUUCGCUUCUCCCUUCUCCCUUCUUCCCCCUCCAAUAUCCCAUCCUCCAUCUCCAGCUCUAUAAUGCAUCCCUCGCAGAUACGGCACCCUCGCAUCCGGCGCUCUCUCUUUCCCACAGACACAUCCCCCGCCAUCACCCAUCCCAACCCUCCAACUCAACGUCCCACUCACUCACCCGCACACUAACCGGAGCAUACCGUUUGCCGUCAAACAAAGUAAAGAUCGCCAGUCGUCACCGCCUGCCGGCAUCUGCAGAUGAUAAGCAGGUAAGCAGGUCGACGGCAUAUGUAUCGAUAAAGCGGGAGAGCGGCGGACCCUGCGUGCGCAGACAUAGAGAUCAUCCAUCUGAUCUACUCCGUCUUAUUUCUCCCUCUUCAUACCACAUUAUAUCAGCAUUAUCCCCCAAUACUCUCCUCGGCACUCUGCUUCCCCCGAGUCGAAAACAAAGAAUCGACUCAGGCAAAAGCAGCACAAUCAUCAAACAGCAUGAAAGGGAGGGGAUUCUGAAAGCGUGAUACCUCUGUAUCUCAAGCAUCAGAGCAACAAGGCUAUUAUGUAUGUAGUGCAGGGUUCAGGGGCCCAGAGAGAUGCAUAUGCACAUGGCCGCAUGGUAAUGUGCCACACAUCUACCUACCAGGGCCACAACUAGGCUAGUCUAAUAAGGUAGGACGACUUGCAUGUGAGCGCAGUUCGGGGCAGCGACUUCGGGCGACGAUCAAUAAUCAGCGGUCAAGGGGUUAGGACUACUACUGGCAGGGUGUCGAAGGAGCACCAGGCGCAAGUGUG